GUGCAGGAAGCCACAACAACGACAUGCGCACUGGCGGGCCUGUGCCGGAAAAUGUUGUAGAAUCAUUGCCAUCAUGAAGAUAUUAUUUACGUGUCAGCCACACGCCUGACGUGAGCUGUCUGGGGGCAAACGGCAGGAAAAUGAGUGUGUCCCAACAAAAUGAGAAGAGGCAAUCCUUGCUUGAAAGGCUUCUUGAUGCUGUUAAGCAGUGCCAAAUUCGCUUUGGUGGAAGAAAGGAAAUUGCAUCAGAUGCAGAUAGUAGGGUGAUCUGUCUGUGUGCUCAGUUUGAGACUGUGCUGCAACAUGGCUUAAGAAGAAGCAAAGGAUUAGCACUAACUGCAGCUGCUAUCAAACAAGCAGCAGGAUUUGCCAAUAAAACUGAAACAGAGCCUGUUUUCUGGUAUUAUGUAAGAGAGCAUCUGAACAAACAUGAGCUACAACGAUACUAUUCUUUAAAGCAUAUCACCACAGAUAUUGGUCGAGGCAGGGCUUGGCUCCGAUCCGCAUUGAAUGAGCAUUCGCUUGAACGAUAUAUGCAUAUGCUUCUUGGUGAUGGAAAUCAGCAAAGUGUCUUCUAUGAAGAUUGGUCAUUUAUGAGGGAUGAAGAGCGUGCAAGCAUGCUUCCAACCAUGGCAGCAGGGUUAAACUCAAUCCUCUUUGCAAUCAACAUUGACAACCAGGAUUUAAAUGGACCUAACAAGCCUGUCUCUGCAGUUGCAAAUUUGUUGAAGGAGUCAACACAAAAUGUCACAUGCCUGUUAAAGGAAUCCACCCAGGGGGUUAGCACGCUUCUGAAAGAAAUCUCAACAGUGCCAAGCUUCAUGCGACCUGAGCCGGAAUCUGACCGACUGCCAGUUCUGUCUAAGACUGUAAGCCAAGAUGGAAAAAGCAGAAGAGAAAAGAAGAAAAAGAAAAUGGUGCCAAAUAUAAUUUCUUUUGAUGGUGACAAUGAAGAGGCUGAACUUGGCUCUGAGCAGGUGAAGCAUUCAGAUGUAACAAUAGAAAGUUCUGAAGAAAAUUCAGAAAAAUCUUCAUCAGUUUCUUCAGCUGUCAUGUUAGAUAGAUUUAGUCCAGAUGUGUACAAAAAAGCAGAUUGUAAUGGAGAAGAAUUUAGCAACAAUAUCCUGAAGAUUGCGGACGUGUGUCUAAAUGGUGAUGUUGGUCACAAGAAACUGGAUAUGAAAAGUAUUGACGACGAAGAUGAUGACGAUGAUGAAGAUGUGGGUGUGGAACGCAUGUAUCAAAGCAAAGAUAAUGAGGAGGACAGACUUUCUGAACAACCACUUGUGGAAAAUAUCUCCAUUUCACAGAUGUCCAGCUGGAAUACGUUACAAGUUCUGAAUGACAAUGACAGUUCUGAUAUCCUCUUUCCAGUCAUUGCAGUUGGAUCCUGCUCUCAGUCUGAUGGCACUUCUGAUAACUUGGUAUACUGCGAUGAACAUGAAAAUGCCACACUUGCUGUUGAACUUGCCCAGAAAGGAUCCCAAUUUCAGUACAGUACUGAAGUCAGUCCUCCUCUUCAGGCCAGCGUUAGUGGUCUUUUGCCAGCAACUGCUGUCCCAGAAUCGAUGACUGUAGACGAACUACGACAAGCUAUUGUAGCCAUGAUGAACAGAAAGGAUGAACUGGAUGAGCAAAACAGAUCACUGCGAAACUUACUUGAUGGUGAGAUGGAACAUUCUGCAGCGCUCAGGCAAGAAAUUGACAACCAGAAAAAGAAACUGGCAGAGCAGGAAGAGCGACAUGCUGCCAAGAUUCAGGCAUUGGCAAGGGAAAAUGAGGUGUUGAAGGUACAACUGAAGAAGUAUGUAGGAGCUGUUCAAAUGUUAAAGCGUGAAGGAAGCCAAGUCAAUGAUGUUUUUCCAAACUUGCGGAGUGGUGAUACAGAUCUUGUGAUCCCAGAACCUAAACCUGUGGUGGAUAAUGAUGAGCUGGCGAACACCUAUGAGCGGAAACUAAUUGAGGUAGCAGAGAUGCAUGGAGAACUGAUAGAAUUCAAUGAGAGGCUGCACAGAUCACUGAUGGCCAAGGAAGCCCUUAUCUCACAGAUGAGGCAGGAGCUGAUUGAUUUAAGAGGACCAGUACCUGGUGAUUUAAGUCAAACCUCUGAGGAUCAAAGCUUAUCAGAUUUUGAAACGGCUCAGUGUGCACUGAUAAAUGUCUGGAUUCCAACAGUGUUUCUGCGUGGACGAGCUGCUAAUGCUUUUCAUGUGUAUCAGGUUUACAUCCGGAUCAAAGAUGAUGAAUGGAAUGUGUACAGAAGAUAUACUGAAUUCAGAGCACUACACAAUAGACUACGGACCAAAUUCCCUACAGUGAAUACUUUUCAUUUCCCACCGAAAAAAGCAAUUGGAAACAAGGAUGCAAAGUUUGUCGAGGAACGCCGUAAACAACUCCAGGAGUAUCUGAGAAACAUAAUGAACAAAAUUAUACAGACACUCCCAGAGUUUACAUCCAGUCCUAAGAAGGAGACCCUUAUAAAUCUACUUCCAUUUUGUGUUGAUUUACAGCCAACUGGAGAACCUGCAAAUAAGACAAAGUCAAAAGUCGCCUCGAAGUUUUCUAAGUUGAGCAGGACUCAGCACAGAGAGACACGAAAUCCGGAGCCACAGAGUGGCGACUUAUGACCUGUUCAUUUUUCAGAAGAUCCCAGCAUACUGGACGGCUGCCCUUUAUUUGACCUAUCAAAGAACCUUUCCGUAGACAGUUGAUUUAUGUGGAGGAACUUAAUGCUUCAGUGUUAUUUCUUGGGAAAUGAUCUGGAAAAAUGGCACAUUCUCACGCAACUUUCAUUGUUGGUAACUUUGAAUUCAAUAUUGCUUUAAAGAACCAUCAAUAUAAAUUAAGAUACCUUACACUAGCAUAGUUUGAAAUAUCUACAAUCUGUAUUGAUUAUUUAUUUUGGUGGUACAAUCAGAUCUGUCUCUUGCUAUUUUUUUGCCCUGCGUUCCAAAUGUGAUUUCUCAUUCUCCAGAACUACAUCAGCUUCUUGGUGUUCACUCAUACACCUGCUUGUACACUCCCUAACUAUAUACAUCUGGAGAAAGAAAGAUUUCUGUACCAAUUUACAAACAUGAUGUUAUCUCUUUUUGUGUUGCUGGAUGCCUGUGACUCAAACAGAAAAAGCGUUAAGUCAAAUUCAUUUUCUUAAUGGGAGAUGCUAGGCACUGUUUCCCCUCUUCCCAAUCUAUGUAGUAUGAAGAGACAUGUUGUUAAUAAUUAAGUAUUCAAUAUGAAUUGAAAACUCAUUUUAAGAAUUUAUGUAAAGUACGAUCCUGAUUUUCUUUAUUUUCAGUAUAAUUUCCAAAUUUGAUUCCUUAAGCCAGUUUAUAUUUGCCAUUCUAGACAUGUGAAGUCAUAGGCUAUGAAACAGCUACGGCUUGAGAUAGGCAAAUUGUUUAAAGCAUCGGAAAGAGCCCUAUCAAUUAACACAGACCCUACAUAGAGCCUGGUAAAGAGCACCUAAGUGAAACUGUUUCUACACAUAAAUAAUAUAUAACCCAGGCACAAUUUAAUAAUCUUCACAUCUUAAUCCCUUUUGUAAGAUUUUUAGUGAGGUAACAUUGACUUUACUGUUUUACAGUGUGGGAAUGGUAAACCAAUAGCAUCAGGAUAUAACAUACAGAUGUCAGAUCACAACAUAACACUCUCAUGUAAGUAGCUGUUAUUCUGAGCUAUUAUUGGCACUCAGUGCUCAAGUCACAGUUACAAGUGCAUGAAGGCAUGGGUGGAGCACCACAACUUGAUAUACUUUAAUAAAAGCCAAAACAAUAUGUAGUUCUUUUCUAAUAUGAGCAUGCAUUCACAAAUAUUAGCCUUAAAAUUAAUACAGAAAGCAAAUAAAAUUAUUCAUCAAUUACCUGUAAAGUUGACAAUAUCACUUUUAAAAUUAUACUUAAAUAGUAACUGUCUUCUGAAAACAAUUGCUUGUUUUUAUUAGUUUCUUCAUUUUGAGGCUUACACUUUUUUAAAAAAAACUGUUUACUUAAAUUUCAUUGGAACUUUCCCUUUUACAACUAUCACCAAGGUCUGUUUUGGACCUUGCCUAAACAUACCUUGGUGGUGGCAAUUUCUCUGAAAGUUUACAUUGUAAAUAUGAAUAAUAUGAUUUACUAUACAAGGGUAAAUGCAUUUUCCCUUGAAUUCAUCUUCAGCUUUUAUACUAAAUAUGUUUCUGUUUCAGAGCUUUUUUAAGCAAUCCAUCAACAAGACACAUCCACAGUUCAUCUUGAAGAACAUAGCUUCCAGUAUUACAAACCCAGAAUUGCCUAUCUCAAAACAUAAUCAAAUCACAAUAAUCUUUCUCUCCUGCAUUUGUUCUCUUACUCCAGCUCCCUAAUUCUUCAAGUUUCCUCAUCCACUAUGGUUGAAAAUUCCAUUAUUAUCAUAGCAGUAAGCCUUUCUGUUCUGUUCUAUGUGCUAUCAAUCUGCAGCACUCUUGCUACAGCCAUUCCACUAAUCCAUCUGACUUACAUUAUAAUUACUUACUAUUAUCUACUUCCAUUAAACCCUGACUACCUUUUUACAAUAUAUUUUGCAUUCCUCAUCCAAAAAAAUCCUUGAAUUUUCCCAUUGGAUUGAAUGCAAUCUUGGUGAAAGAAAGCUUAGGAUCUGUGAAAGAGCUGUAGAAAAAGCUAACAGUGAACAUGCCAACGUUUUCUAGAAAAUCUUCUGGUGAUUAAAUGUUUGGGAAGUUGUUCUUGACUGCCAUGUUAGCAUUUGUACAUGAGGAAGGUUGGAUAUGAUAUAAAACAGUGAGUAGAAUGUAGCAUUCAGUUCAUGUUAAGCGCUGCUGCUCGAUUUCACUUAUCAUAAGAAAUGCAUUGAGGAAACAUCAAUAAUUACAGCUGUUUUUAAUAUGGACAUUUCUAACUGAAACAAAUGCUAAGUGGACCAACAUGUGCUUCAGGAGGAAAAAGAAUGCAGCAUUCCUAACAGUAGUGUAACAUAUUUCAGGAAUCUCAAUUCAGGAUUAACCAACAGUUGUGUCAGGAAUCCAGGAAGUAUUCUGUGAGGAGGUUUCUUUUUCCCCUUGGGGACAUGGAAAGCAAACUUCAAUAAAUAUGCAUGAUUAUGAUUAAAUGCAAACUGUUGAGUUUGUUUUGUUGAGAUUUAUGGAUUUCAUCUUUAGGAAGUGCAGUUUUUUUCAAUACUGUUAUUGAUUGAGGAUACUGAGUGGUUGGUAUUUUGAAGGUUACCUGCAGAAGUUAUAUAUAAAAGUGAACUCUGCAAAUGCUUCAAAGGGCAAGAAAAAUCUGAGUGGACCUGCUCGAGUAUUCCCUUUAAUCCUGUUUUUAGAAAAUAUACAGUACGGUAAUCAACUUAAGUCAUUUUGAGUUAUAUGUAUUGUGAUAUCUUCCCUGCUGAUUUUCAAGAAGGACCCCAGACAUGGACUUUCUAUGGAGAGGGUAAAGAUCAUCAUAGAAACUGAUUUUGAGAUGCAGAAUUACUAGAAAACAUACAUUUCACUGACCAGGGACUCCAAUAGACUUAAAUAUAAAGUGAUAGUAGUAGUUGUAGUAGUACAAUCACUCAUCCUGUAAGAUGUUGUUCUAAGGGGUUGUUUAUUAGUUGGUCUUCAGGUGGUUAUGGAGGCCAAUCUGGGAUCCACAUAAUCUGGUGCAGUGUGGGCAAGAGUGGUUGGUUUUUAGUCUCUCCUUCUGUAGCUGCCGCUUGUUCUCUGCAGCACAGUGGAGGUCUCAUGUAGCACAAGUCCUUCUUGAACAGAUUUCCUCCAGGUGUAUCUCUUGAGUGCAAUAUCUUCCCAGUUUUUAUAUGGAAUGUUAAAUUUCUUCAGGCUGAUUUUUAUGUUAUUUUUGAAGCAUUUCCUUUGCCCACCAGGGGCUCGCUGACCUUUCUUCAGCUGGGAAUGAAGCAUCGUUUGGGGAGACAGGAGUUGAGCAUCCGAAUGACAUUGGAGUUGGCGUCGCUUUAUCGUGGUGGAGACGCUGUUCAUGUUAGCCUCCUCCCGUACACUGGUGUUAGUGAGUCUGAUCUUCAAAGUCUUUUGUAAGGCUCUUUGGUGGCAUUGUUCAGGGCUUUCAGGUGCCUACUGUAGGUGGUCCGUGAUUCAUAAAGUAUCCUACAGCUAGCUCUCUAAAGAUUGGAGGUCAAGUCGGAUCAAAAUUCUGGAUUCUAUUACGUAUGUUGAAUUGAAUACUUUGAGCAGAAAUGACUCCAUUAAUAGCUUUUAUUUAUGAGAUUCAUUUACAUUGGAAUGUUUAUUUGUUCUAUGUUGCAUUAUGAUAAGCUGGGGAAACUGACUUAACCUAUACAAGAUCAAGUAGCAAUGAAGUCAUAAAUUACUGGCUAGAAUGGAUGAUUGCAAAGGAAGUGACAAUAGAUAUUAUUGAAGGGACACAAUAAUGUCACUAGGUUUGACAUUUUGUGACUAAAUUCAUGAGUUAUCUUGCUGUUGCUUUUGUCAUUGUUUGGCAUCUAUUGAAAACUUUGCUUUACUACAAUGAGAAGUCAUUUGGUUAUUGGUGUUGUGUGCUACUUAUAAAGCCAACUCUAUUAAUUGUUACACUAUAAGGAAUGGUGCCAGGAGUAGAUUUCAUCCAGUGUAGUCACCUCAAUAUGCUAUCAGUUAGAAUAUUACUUAUAUAAUGGUGACUUUAAGUAAAGCAUUGUUCGAAGGUUCAUUUAAUAUCAGAGUUUACAACCUGAAGUUCAUACUCUCCACAGAUAUCCAUGAAACAAGAAACCCCACAGAAUGAAUUACUUCUUAAUAAUCAAGUUUGGUUUAAAAUAGAACUCUGAAGAGGUAGAACAAAGUCUGGCAAUAUAGUCUGAAGUACUUAUUGCUAAUGCAUUUUGAAGUAUUGAAUCACAAGGGGAGGCAAAAAGAUUGAUGGGUCCACUUUGAAUAAAGAUUUUCUUACCACUAACAUUUAAACAAAUUUAUUUUUCCACUCGCUGCUUCCAAUUACUAAUGAUAAUGAUUUAUACCCACUGUCACAAUGUGUGCUUAGUUCAAGAGAAGUCAAAUGUUUGCCUACAAUUGCACAUUUCAAACACUGGCAGAAUUACCUUGCACUUGGGAAACCAUUGGCAAUACCAGUUGAGAAGUGGAGCAUUUCUCAACAAAGAGAAAACUGCAUUUUAGUUAAAAUUUUAUUCAAAUGAACUGCCUGCAGUCUUGAAAUAAGUGACUAACAUACCUGCUGAAAUGAAAGUUAUUGUAUUGUAAACUGAGCAGCUUAACAUUUUGAAGCUAUUUAUAACACCCUAUUAAUUUUUAGAAUAAGUGUCAGUAAAUAUACUUGAUAAUGUGGAAGGUAAGCCAUUUAAUUUUUAAAAAGGAAAAUGAAAUUCUGAUAAAUUAAGAGAGUAUUUGCUGUGGUUUUUAUAUUCAUAGUCAUAGUCAUACUUUAUUGAUCCCGGGGAAAUUGGUUUUCGUUGCAGUUGCACCAUAAAUAAUAAAUAGUAAUAGAACCAUAAAUAGUUAAAUAGUAAUAUGUAAAUUAUGUCAGUAAAUUAUGAAAUAAGUCCAGGACCAGCCUAUUGGCUCAGGGUGUCUGACCCUCCAAGGGAGGAGUUGUAAAGUUUGAUGGCCACAGGCAGGAAUGACUUCCUAUGAUGCUCUGUGCUGCAUCUCGGAGGAAUGAGUCUCUGGCUGAAUGUACUCCUGUGCCCACCCAGUACAUUAUGUAGUGGAUGGGAGACAUUGACCAAGAUGGCAUGCAACUUAGACAGCAUCUCUUUGUGGCUAAGUGCACACAUAUUCAUUGGUACAUUAUUCUAAAGUGCCAAGAGUUUAAUUAUGAGAGAGUAGUUUUUUAAUAUUAAAUGUAGAAGAUCUAUUAAGAUCUGCUGAAGUAUUAGAGAGUUGCCUUUGUUCCUUGCUGGAGUCUUUAUCAGUAGCUUGGCCCAUCCCAAAAGAAUGCUGUCACCACUUUGGAAAGCUGGCCAGUUAAGGCUUGGUGGGGUAAAAAGAGAGAGUGGAGAGGGAAGGGGGAUGAUUGGCAGAUGCUAGCUUGUUGGCUUUUCACACCACUCUGGAACAUCUGGACAGCAAAGAUGCAUACAUCAGAAUGCUCUUUAUUGAUUACAACUUGGCGUUUAACAUCAUCAUCCCCUCCAAGCUAAUCGGUAAACUCCAAGAUCUAGGCCUCAAUACUCCCAACUUCGUGCAAUUGGAUCCUGGAUUUCCUCACUUGUAGACCCCACUCAAUUUGGAUUGGCAAAAACAUCCCCUCCACAAUCUCCAUCAGUACAGGAGCACAGAGGGAUGUGUACUUAGCCCCCUGCUCUACUUGCUGUAUACCAAUGACUGUGCAGCUAAGUACAGCUCCAACACCAUAUACAAAUUUGCUGAUGACACCACUGUUGUGGGCUGUAUCAAAAGUGGUGAUGGAUCAGAACACAGGAGGGAGAUUGAAAAUUUGGCUGAGUGGUGUAGUAACAAACCUCUCACUCAAUGUCAAUCACUAAGGGACUGAUAGUGGACUUAAGGAUCAGAGGUGGAGAGGGUCCAUAACUUUAAAUUCCUGGUGUCACUAUCUCAGAGGACCUGUCCUGGACCCAUCAUUUAAAUACAGUUGCAAAGAAGCACAACAGUAACCUCUACUUCCUCAGGUGUCUGUGGAGAUUCCACAUGUCAUCAAAAACCUUGGAAAACAUCUAUAGAUGUGUGGUGGAAAGUGUGCUGACUGGCUGUGUUAUGACUGGUAUGGGAACACCAAUGCCUUUGAGCAGAAAAUUCUACAAAAGGUAAUGGAUUCAACCCAGUACAUCACAGAUAAAGCCCUUCCAACCAUUGAGCACAACUACAUGAAACUUCGCAGUAGAAAAGCAACAUCCAUCAGCAAAGAUCCUCACCACCCAGGCCUUGCUUUUUUCUCACUGUUGCCAUCAGGUAGAAGGUACAGGUGCAUCAGGACUUGUGCCACCAGAUUCAAGAACUGUUACUACCCCGCAACCAUCAGGCUCUUGAACAAAAGGGGAUGACUACACUCAUUUAAGGACUCUUUUAUCUUGUUAUUUCAUGCUCAUUAUUUAUUGCUAUUUACUUAUUAUCUACAUUUGCAAUUUGUUUACAGUUUACAGUUCCUGAUGUUUACAGCCUACAGGUCCUGUUUACAGUUACUGUUCUAUAGAUUUGCUCAGUAUGCCGCAGAAAAAGAAUCUCAGGGUUGUAUGUAGUGACAUGUAUGUACUCUAAUAAUAAACUUUACUUUGAACUUCGAACUUUGGCAUCCACCAGUUAGAAGUGGAAAUGCGAAAUUAAAAUUUGCAUGAACAGAGCUGGCAGUGGAGAUACACCAUUAUAUCUGCUCUUCCCUGAUGGGUGGAGAGAGUUGAAAUUCUCCCUCAAAAUUAAUACCAAAGUCCAGUCCUCUUAAUUGAAGUUUAUGGUAGCAUUUUCAUUUCAACAUAAUUGCUUUGAAAGAAAAUGUGGAGAUUUGUCUGCAUGGAAUUGAGCAACUCUGUUAAUCCGAUGUAGUUUACUUCCCUUUGACAUUUCUUACCUGGUAUUUAGCAGAUAGAUAGAGCUUUGUUUUCUGCUUAGUGAUUGACUUGACUAUAAAUUCAACAAAAUACAAAAGAUUUCAGUGUCACAGGCUGUGAUGUUUUACAUUUGUUCUUGUCCAAGGGUGAAAAUGAACAGAUACCUGCUGUGUUUAUAGUUAUGCAGAUUCAUUCUGAAUCUGAUGUCAUGAUGCUAAAAUUAAAUUGUUACUUAGGCAUAAUAUAAUAAUAGUUUAAUUUUAUUUAUUAAUUAUGAAACAAACGUGCUUUGGAUGAAUCUCCAGGGGUCAAGUAGUGUGCAAAUUAUUAUUUGUAAUUCAAUUACUGUGCCUGAACCUUCAUUAGUUUUUAUUUUCUGUCUUAACCCUUUAAGAGAGCAGCCCAACUGUAAGGGAGAGUGAGCAGAAAGGGGAAUUGGUCUUUGCUGGUAUUGAAAAUUUAUGAUGAAUGAAUUUAUAUUAGUUUCUCCUCAUGAAGUAAAAUAAUACCAGAAAUUUAAAAUGAAACAAUUUUUGAAAGUAUUUGUAUUUUAAAUUAGCAGUGUAGCUGUUAUGUAGAUAGGAAGUAAAAUAUUUCCUGGCUGAAUGUGCUCCAUAUCUUUCCAUUCUCUGCAUGUCUUGGUGUCUAUCUAACACCCUCUUAAAUGACAUUAUCUAUCUGCUUUUACCAUUACCCCUGGAAGCCCGUUCCAAGCACUUAUCACUCUAUGUAAACAAAAAAUCAUGUCCUGCACAUCAUCUCAAAACUUUUCCCCUUUAAACAUCCCCCCUCACUUUAAAUUCAGGCCCUUCAGUAUUUGAUGUUCAAACCUGGGAGAAAGUUUCUGUCUACUCCAGGGAUUCCCAACCUUUUUUAUGCCAUGGAUUCCUACCAUUAAUCAAAGAGUUUGACCCCAGGAUGAGAACCCCUAGUCUACCCUAUCUAUGGAUCUCAUAAAUUUAUAAACUUCUGUAAGAUCUCCCAGCUGAUAGCAUGAAUAUUGAUUUCUCCUUCCAAUGAACAAAUUCUCUCCCCUCCCCUCUCUUCUAUUCCCCACUCUGAUCUUUCACUUCUUCUCACCUGCCUAUUAUUUCCUUAUGGGUCCCCUCCUCCUUCCCUUUCUUCUGUGGUCCACUCUCUUCUCUUGUUAGAUUCUUUCUUCUCCAGCUCUUGACCUUUCCCAACUACCUGGCUUCACCUAUCACCUUCCAGCUAGCCUCUUUCCUCUACCCCUACCUUUUUAUUCUGGCAUCUUCCCCCUUCCUUCUCAGUCCUGAAGAAGGGUCUCUGUCAGAACGUUGACUGUUUACUCUUUUCCAUAGAUGUUGCCUGACCUCCAGCCUUCCGUGGGUGUUGCAUUAGAUCUCCCUUCAGUCUCCAAUGUUUUAGAGAAAGCAAUUCAAGUUUAUCCACCUCUUAUUGUAGCUUUCUACCAUCUAAUCCAGGGAUCAUCCCGGUGAACCUUGACUACACCCUUUCCAAAGCCUCUGCAUCCUUCCUGUAACGGGGUCCUUCCUGUAAUGGGGUGACCAAAACUGCACAUAAUACUCCCAAGUGCGGCCAUUACGAGGUUUGAUAUAUCUGUAACAUGACUUCCUUACUCUCGUACCAAUGCCCUGACCAAUGAAGGCAAGGCAAGGUUACACUUUAAAAAUUGACAGUAACCCAGCCAUUUACUGUAACAAGGAAGAAAUGUUGGCAUGUCAAAUGAUAGUUAUAUACCUUUUAGCCGUCUGUCCAUGCCAACCUUUAUGUCUCUCAAUACCAAUCCAAUUUGCCCAAGUUAAGUUUGCAUUCUUCUAAGCCUUGCUUAUUUAAUUGUCUGCCCAAGUGUCUCUUAAGACUACAAUUUACUCUUUAUGCAGUACUUCUGUCUCAUUUACAAAAAUGUUCCACCAUGCAUUUGCUCGGAUUGAAUUUCGUCUGCCAAUGCUCCUCCGACCUUUCCAUCUGAUCUGCAACCUGCUAUAGCCUUAAGCACCAUUCCUCACAAUCCACAUAAGCAAUCUCUGUGUUAUCUACAAAUAUAUCCACAUUCAAGUCAUUUAUAUAUACAAAUAGAAAAGGUGUCUCAGCACUAAAUCCUGUGGUAUACUACUAGUCACAGACUCUAAUCAGAAAAAAAUAUUCUUUCAUCACUUCUCUCUGCUUCCUAUCACCAAGCCAAUUUUGAAUCCAAUUAGCCAGCAUGGCUUGGAUCCAAAUGCCUUAAACUUCUGACCAGCUGAUCACAGCACCUUGGAUCUUACUGGAAUCCAUAUGAGCAACAUCUACCACCCUGCCUUUAUUAAUUUUAGUGUGUAUCUUUUUAUCACAGAAGUAUGCUCCAAUGUUCUUUACAACUGUGAGCAGUGGUGUAUUUCCAGCAUUUGAAGGAUCUUUCCCACAAUUUUAAGUUCUUUUUCAAAAUGUCUCCAAUAAAUUCUGACUCUCUAGAGCAGGGUUUCCCAACCUUUAGUUACGCCAUGGACCUCACCAUUAUGCAAGAGGUCCGAGAACCACAGUUUGGGCAUCCCUGCUCUAGAGACUGUAGUUAAAUCCAUCAGGGCAUUUUAUAGAAAGUGAGUUAAAACCAGUAAGUAAGAAAUAACCAUUGCACAUUUUGAUAUUUUCAUGAGGAAAGUGUAAGGUCACCGGGAGAGUUAUUUUGUCAUUGUCUCAAUUGUAAUUUUUUUCCCCAAAAUGAUAUGAGAAUCCUUUGCAGCUGCCAAUUAUAGCAGAAAAUGUACACUAAAUAGACUUUAUUAUCUGGAAUUACAUUUUGCUACAUUGUUCUAUUUUCCUUACAUCUGACAAAGUUUAAUACGUUUCCUUUUGGGCCAAAUCAAUUUUAACUUUCACUGCAACUAAUUCAGGAAUUCAAUGACAUCUUUAAUCUCCAGAUUUGAAGAAUUUAAUAACUGAAAGUGAAUGUGCUUAGUGAAAUUAACCUGGGCUUGAAAUGCAAUAUAAUUGCUUUCCAGUACAGAUAUCUAAUAAUCACAUGCAAUCAGGUCAUGUAUUUUAAGAAAAUGUACUCAACAUGUCAUACUGAGCCAAGUAAAAUUACUGUCAUCUGUAUUACUAUUAUCUUCAGUUAUGUGGGGAUCUAUUAUGUACCUCUGUGAUACACUUCAUUGUAUAAAGCAUACUGUGCUGUUGUAAUUUUUCUAAUCAUGUCAGUUUUAACGAUUCAUCUUCCACUUAUGACUUAAUCUAAACAGUUUUCACUUCAAGUUCAAGUUUGUGUGAAGCAUGUACUUUCUUUAUUUUUGCUCACAAUGGGGAGCAAAGGCAAUUUCCAUUUCACAACAGUAAUGUAUCUGGUUUGGAUAAAUAACCUUCACUGGGAUGAUUCUGACGUGUUUCAUGCUAUCCUGGAAGGUGAUUCCUUCAGAAUCAGAAUCAGAAUCAGGUUUAAUUUCACCGGCAUAUGUUGUGAAAUUUGUUGUCUUUGCAGCCGCAGUAAAAUGCAAUACUGUACGUAAUAACGGGAAAACAUGAAUUACAGUAAGUAUAGCCGCACACAUCAAAUGCUGGAGGAACUAUGGGAAAGAGUAAACAGUCAAUGUUUCAGGCCGAGACCCUUCAUCAGGACCGUAAAUAUAUACAUAUUAAAUCAUAGUCAUAGUCAUACUUUAUUGAUCCCGGGGGAAAUUGGUUUUCAUUACAGUUGCACCAUAAAUAAUAAAUAGUAAUAGAACCAUAAAUAGUUAAAUAGUAAUAUGUAAAUUAUGCCAGUAAAUUAUGAAAUAAGUCCAGGACCAGCCUAUUGGCUCAGAGUGUCUGACCCUCCAAGGGAGGAGUUGUAAAGUUUGAUGGCCAAAGGCAGGAAUGACUUCCUAUGACACUCUGUGUUGCAUCUCAGCAUAAAAAUAAAAAAGUAGUGAGGUAGGUUUCCUGGGUUCAAUGUCCUUUCAGAAAGUGGAUGGUGAAGGAGAAGAAGCUGAUCCUGAAUCGCUGAGUGUGUCUCUUCAAGCUUCUGUACUUCCUUCGGUGCUGCGGGCCCUUAAUGAUGGAUGCCAACUCUUUGAGGCUGUGCUCCUUGAAGGUGUCUUGCAAACUACAGAGGCUAGUGCCCAUGAUGGAACUGACUAAGUUUACAACUCUGUGCAGCUUAUUUCAAUCCUGUGCAGUAGCACCACCCCACACCCCCCAGUACCAGAUGGUGAUGCAGCCAGUGAGAAUGCUCUCCAACAUACAUCUGUAGAAAUAUGCAAGUGUCUACCAAAUCUCCUCAAACUCCAAAUGAAAUAUAGCCACUGUCAUGCCUUCUUUGUAGCUGCAUCAAUAUGUUGGUAUCUUUUUCUAUUAUUCAUCCUUCUUAAAUCUCCACACCGCAAAGUGUGUUUUUAAAUGUUGCUGCUGUAACGAAGGAAUUUCCCACUCGGGAUCAAUAAAAUACUAUUAUUAUUAUUAUUAUUAACAAGGUGGCACUAACAAUAGUUGACUGUAAAGAGCUUGUGAAAUGGUUGUGCAUGAAGUGUUCUAUUUAAAUAUUUGCGGUCACAGACUUAUAAGUCAUUAUUUUACAACGGGCCCCACUCUGCUCAGCUGAGCAAGGUAAAAGCUCCACUUCCAUUUAAAGCUGAGCUGGUGCUCAGUAUUUUCAUCUAUAUUACACACAACAACAAUGUAGAUAAUGUUUCAAAAAUUUCUUGCACAAUGUUUCUUAUUUUAACAAAGUGCACAAAAUGAUAGUGUACUUGUGCAUAUUGUGUAACUAUGGCUGUGAGAUCAGCUGGCCAACAAUGGUGUCUGUUACUUCUUAAUUUCUGAGGCGAAAUGCUAUUAGUUACUUUCCUGGUAGCAAAUGUAUCAACCACCCAAAAAGUAUUCUUAGAGCUGUAUGAUGCCUUCAGUCUUAAAUUGAGUGUGGUCUGAGCUGGCCUCCCAUGGGGCUGCUAUGUGUGAAUUACUGGCGUCACGCUUCAUGUAGUAUGCUCAAUAUGCUAGAGGUAAGUGCCAAGUCAAAGUAGGUGUUUUAACUGUCAACAGGUCCACUGGGCAUAAUAUUGUACGUGUCAGGAGCUAUUUUACUGAAGAAAUUUAAUAUCUUAGAGGGAAAGAAAGGUUAUACCUUUUUGUUUUGAAGUAUUACAUGUUUCUCAGCAAAUUGUACAGAUGAAAUAAAUCCUGUGGGCAAUUUAACUUACUUAAAAACAGAUGUUUUUAGGUAAGGUGGUUAAUUACUGUACUGAAUGCAUGGAAAUAAUUUUAGCGAUUACUAUUUUAGGAAUUUCUCUUUAAUGUUAUACUGAGAAAUACCCAAAUCUGAUAAAGUCCUAUUUUACAUGUUAUUUGAAUUUAGACAUUUCUUUUAUGCUCCUUUGGGGCAUUUAGAAUGAUGACCAUAGCUCAAGAACAUAUAUUUUGUGGAAAAAGGUCAUGUCCGGGCAUUUGGCACAAUUAAAGGUUGGGAUGUCGUUCACUGCAUUGCUGUUUCUCCAGGAGCUUUGCUGCAACAAUAUUUUGCUGAGACUUGGUGUUCAGAUGCACUCUUUUAUUGUGUGCAUUUGAACAUCAAUGGAAUGCCAUCCCAGCAGUUCAGUCCUUUCCCAGCUGAAUGAUCAUGGAUCACACCUUGAGUGCAAACCAGAAUUGAUUAUGUCCCUAAACUGCACAUGGAAGUCAAAGCCAUGCUUAGUUGUUAACUGAAGUGAGGUUAAGAGCUAGCAAAGAAUUACCUCGGGACCUACAAAUUCACUUUGAGCCUCCUUUUUAAGUUGUUUACUCAUAGAACCCAAUGGAGGCAGCACACAUAGAGGCCAUUUGGAUCAUCAUAUCCCUAUAAUCUCUGAAAGAGCAAUCAAUUAUUCCCAUUCCCCUGUGCUUCUCCCAAUGGCUGGUAAUUUUACCCCAUCUGUCCUAUCCUGUCCUUUUGUACAAUGGAAUCUACCUUUUGUAAAUUGAUCACUGGUAUAUAGAGCUGGUGAUGCAGCAUUGGCAAACGAUGGACAAGUUUAUAGUAGAACUGAUUUUUAGAAAAUUUGUAAAUAAGAUUUUACUCACUAUAUCUAGGCCCAUACUUCAGCCACAUUGAGGGAAAAUUUAGACCAUGAGACAUGGGAACAGAAUUAGACCAUUUGGCCCAUUGAGUCUGCUCUACUAUUCCAUCAUUGCUGAUUUAUUAUCCCUUUCAACCCCAUUCUCCUGCUUUCUCACUAUAACUUUUGACUUCCUUACUAAUUCAGAACCUAUCAACCUGUAUAGAAUUAAGUAUACCCAAUGCCCAUAAUUAAUUUUCAGAUGAGAGUGGUUAGGGACUGUGAAAUGGAACAGGAUGCAUAGAUGUAAUUUUCUGAUAGUACCUCAUUUGUGUUGACCUUGACUCCACCAUCAAACAUCAGUCAUCAUUUUUCAGGCUGUCACCUCGUUGUCCCCACUUCAGCACCAUUCCCACAAUCCACUAACAGGACUGUUCAACAAAAUAUUUCAUUGUCUAAAGGGUUCCCAAGACACCCCUUAAUCAGCAGUAAUACCAUUUGCCGCUCACGGCACUCUUCUGUACAUAAUCCAGCAAUUAUCUCCUUUGUUCCUAUUGCACAGAAUACCACUCUUUCUGAAUUCAAAAAUGCUUAUUUCAAUUUUCUAUAAUGUAUACACAUUACACUCAGCUGAUGAUGUGUCUUCUUGUAAGCACACAGUACUGUGCAAAAGUCUUAGUAAUAUAUAUAGUUAGAGUGCCAAAGACUUUUGCACAGUACUGUAAUCAUUUUACGUAUUGUACUGUACUGCUGCCACACAAAAAAAAUCAUGGCAAGCGAGUGAUGAUAAACCUGAUUCUCAUAUGGGUCUCUAUUGUGGACUAAGAUUGGAAAGAGGGGAAUCAUGGUUAGGAAA